GUAUUCCCGGCGAUCGAAUUGUGCGUACCGUUCUGUCCUCCUUAGACGGCAGCGGCCUCGGUCCCCUCCGGCAGACGUCUUCGGUCGCUCGUGGAAGAGCUACACUGCCAGGUGUACACAGUGCCUAAGAGCCAGUCGGCCGACAUAGUUAUAUCCACUGAGCGGCCGCGGCGGUCGCGAGGCUCUCGCAUUACCAUUGCGGAUCGGCGGUGCUGCGUCUGUGAUUUCGGUUUGGUGGUUUACGCUAUGCGCGACAAACAAAAGUAAUCGGUUUUUUUUCCUCCCCUUUGAAUUUCUCUUUCUCCCUGUGCUUUCUUCCGUUUUUUCGCGAACCCGUGUUAACAUCGUUAUAGGCCUGGCCCACGUUUGUGUGUACCGUUUCAGCAUUGUGUGCUGCUAACGGCCAUUCUAGAGAGCUCUCGCGCGCUUAUACCGAUGAUCCCGUGAGAAAGGUGCCCGUGGAAUUUGCCUUCGCGCGGCGCAGGAGUGCGGGAUAGAGCGCCGCCGAAUUGCAACGUGCAAUAUCGCGCCAGCGGCAGAUCGCGUCCCACAAAAUUUGACAUCGAUACGUCAACUGCUCUACUGUGCCGUCGCUAUUGCUUCUCUUGCUGUUGCUGCUACUUCUGCUCACCCGAUUGUUCGACCAGAUUGCACGCGACCGCGACGUUACUGCAUUCUGAACGUUCAAUCGAGAUACGACAAUGACGAGGCCGUACAAUUGUCGACAUCUCAUCACGUUACUGUUGCUGUUGCAAACCAUCUCGAGGUACGGCCACGCGGCUACCGCGGAAUCGACGCACGCGGCCGAGCUGUCGCCCGCGUCGUCCGCGUCGUCCGUACCGUCCGGUCUCUCCGGCCCGGAUUACACCGGACCGUCCGCGGGUUCGGACGAGUGCGAUCCCGAGAUGGUUGGCUUCGAGCUCGUAACCGGCUACGUGUUCACCGCGCCCACGAACUUGCUCGAGUCCAUACCGGGCACGUUGAUGCUCACCGACUGCCUCGAGACCUGUCAGGCAAACGACUCCUGCCAGGCGGUCAACUACGAGACGGGCCUUUGCGUCCUAUUCAGCUCUAACGCCGACAGCAAUCCAGGCGCACUGUCGCAAUCCCAGUUCCCCGUGUUCACGAUCUACGCUCAGAAGAGUUGUCUGGCGGUGAAGCCCUGCGAACGCGCUUGGUGCAUCGACAGAGUGCAGGGACACCGCCUUCAGGGUCACGCACGUAGAACCAUGACCGCCUCCUCGAGGCAGCACUGCCUCGAGCUCUGCCUCGGCGAACGAGACUUCCUGUGCCGAUCCGCUAAUUACAUCAAUGCUACCAAGCAGUGCGAGCUUUCGGAUAUGGAUAGGCUGACGGUUGCGGGUUCGAACGCCUUCCAGGCAGCGAAGGGAGUGGAUUAUUUAGAAAACCACUGUGUGGAAGAGCCAGUGAAACUUUGCGAAUUUAAGAAGCUGAACGGCCGUAUACUGAAGACCGUGGACUCCGUUUACCAAGACGUCGGCACAUCCGACGAAUGCCGCGAAUUGUGUCUGAACUCUCCGUUCCGUUGCCAUUCUUACGACUAUGGUGACACCGGUGAUAUGGUCUGCCGUCUCAGUCAUCAUUCCCGUGCCACUCUCUCCGAUAUUCAGGAACCGUACCUCGAUGUACCGGAAGCGUCCACGUACGAACUGAGCUCCUGCUACAACGUGACCAUCGACUGUCGCGCCGGCGACAUGGUGACCAGAAUUCAGACGAGCAAGCUCUUCUACGGCAAGGUGUACGCGAAGGGCUCGCCCAACUCGUGCGUGCAGGACAUCAAGGGCGCGCUUGAGUUUGAACUUCGCAUGGCGUACGACGAUCUCGAGUGCAACAUAAGGCAGCAGGGUCUCGGCCGGUACUUGAACGACGUCAUCAUCCAGCAUCACGACACCAUUGUCACCAGUUCUGAUCUCGGGCUGGCUGUGACUUGCCAGUAUGACCUCACUAACAAGACCGUGUCCAACGAAGUCGAUCUCGGCGUACACGGCGACAUUACGCCCGCUCUGUCGGAGGAGGUGAUCGUCGAUUCGCCGAACGUCGCCAUGAAAAUUACCGAUCGCAGUGGAAACGAGGCUAUCCCGUCGGCCGAAGUUGGUGAUCCCCUGGCACUCAAAUUCGAGAUCCUCGACCCCCACAGCCCGUACGAGAUCUUCGUCCGCGAACUAGUUGCCAUGGACGGUGUCGAUUCUAGUGAGAUUAUUUUGAUCGAUUCGGAUGGCUGCCCCACCGAUCACGUCAUCAUGGGACCGCUUUACAAAUCGGCCACCACCGGCAAGAUACUGCUGUCGCAUUUCGAUGCCUUCAAGUUUCCGAGUUCGGAAGUGGUGCAGUUCCGUGCUUUGGUCACUCCGUGCAUGCCGACCUGCGAACCCGUACAGUGCGAUCAAGAGGAGACGACCGGUGAACUGCGCUCGGUGAUCUCGUUCGGUAGACGCCGUCGUCGUCGUCGCUCCACCUCCGUUGGCACCCAGAGUCGCGAGGACCUCCUUCUGGUGCAAUCCAUCCAGAUUACAGACAAGUUUGGCUUCGAGCGCGAUGGUAAGUUACCGAACGCCACUUCCGCGACGAGGGACGCCGUUUUCAUCGAGAGCGAGGACAUAUCGUCGACGAUGGGAAUGUGCAUCAAUCUGGGCGAGGCCAUUGUAGCCGGUACCGUCUUCCUCGUCGCCCAGAUCGCCAUAAUAGCGGCAUGGACCUUCACCUGGCAACGACGCCGGCAGAUGCUGAAGCAUCAGGAGGCGCUCUCGGUCUCCGUAUCCGUGCCCGGAAUGCAUUCCAUGCCCGGGCGCACCGACAGUCUCUGUAAGUUGUACGACGGCGGAUACUCGGCGCGUCGUUUCUGAACGACCUCUCCCACCAGCUCCCACGGCAUAUCGUCAAUUUUGUCUUCCUGCGUAAAUCGCUAUUAACGAAUCUUUGGCUGACUUCACAUGGACGUGAGUUCUCAAACCGAUGUGUGCCGCGCGCGAGGGUCGUGCGCGUGUCACGAUCCUCGAAGCGAUCAGCAAAAAUAACACUCUCUCACGCGGCUCUCUCUUUGAAUCUUUCUGCGGAAUUCAGAUGGACGCUACUAUAUAUCAAACUUGUACGAGUGUACCGCAUUGCGAAGUUGCAGCCAAUAUACGUAGCUUUUAGUGGAGUAUGCCCUUUGCCACCCACGCUUACCUUGUAGUCGGGUGGAAGCUUUGCAGAAGCGUUCUACUAUUCCAAUUAGAUUCGGUUAGAUGGGCAAAUCGCAGAGUUUGUUGCGUCGGGAUAGAGGGACGUUCGUUUAGCCACGAUCAAAAAAAAAAAAAAAAAAAAAAAUGGAAGAAAACGAUCGCUGCCCAUCUGUACGAAUGUUCUUGUAUCCACAUUACCGUAUUAGUAUACUAUCGCAUAGCUUCUUUUUCGUCCCAAACUUCAUUUCCCCGCAGCUGGCGACGUAAGGAAACCGAUCGACUCCGCCGUAUCACUUAAUGCAAGUCGCUUCUGCACUCGUCUUGCCGAUUAAAGUGGCGCAAUUACACGCUACUCGCGUAUGCACACGUGCUAAUAAUGCUGGUGAAUUACCGAACGGAAUAAUUAGGCACAAUUGCGCUUGAUUACUCGCUACAUCUGUCGCUUAUUGAAGGCACAAAUAUCAGAGUGUCUCCGGCCUAUCAGUAUUUCUGGCCAAGGUCGGCGCAACGAAUCGUACGUAUCAUCAUCAGUUUCGUCUUUCUGUCUCUCGGGUGGCCGGUUAUUUCGUGGAAGAAGGGGCAUGGUUGCAAUUACGGUCCGUACCGGCAACCUUUAAUUAGCGUAACGUUCAAUGUCCAAGUGACCUUCGUGCGUGCGCGCGCGCGCGCGUACCAUCGUUCAACGAAAAUCGACGCUUUCUAAGGGGACGUUUCUCAGAAGCGGACUGAAAGGGCACGAUAAAUAGAAAAAGAAAAAAGAAAGGGGAAGUUCUCGUAAUAUCGCGUCGACACUUAAUCCGUAUCUGAUCGGAGACGCAUACCGAGAAUCACACGCUUCACGCUGAGGCUAAAUCGAUUUCUUACUUUGUUCCGGGAUAAAAGUGGCCGUCUCGCCACACAACUUCCGCCGGUAAGUAGUUGAUAAUGUAACGGCCACAAAAAUUCAGCCGCGAAGAGAGUAAUCGAUUUCGCGCGCGAGUUCGGUCGGUUUCUUGCGCCCACGUGCAUCGCCACGCCGCGCCGCGCAGCCACCGCGCCGGCCGUGCCCUUUCCCCUUCGCUUUGCCCUGCCCUCACAAGCUGCUUUUAGCGUUUCUCUUUCUUCUCGAGGCGCGACGUGACGCGAUGUGGGACACGUCUCGGCACGCUGUGGCUCUCUGUAGGUGAUGGAGGUUGACGCGUCGUAGAUUCGCUACGUCGGCCAGGCUACCGGCAUGGACUCUAAUUAGCAUUGGGAAUUGCGCAUGAUUAUGCAGACGUGUAGAGUAGGAUAUCAACGAUACGCGGUGCGGCUUGGAGCCAAAGCGACCGGCUAAAUACCGGGGAUGAAAGUGGGAGAAGGGAUUGAGACGGAACGAGAAACAGUGGUAGAGCCAGAUCGCGGUGAGCUCGGUGAAGAGGGGUAAAAGGUACGUGCGCAAAGGGGUUGGCGGAAGGUUAAUUGCCUCUUGUGUGGCGUCUCGGGGGUUAAGCUAAGCUUGCGGGGGUAACGCUUGAUGGGGUUGAAUCUAGCUUCGAGAGAAAGGGAGGGGGGAGGGAGAGAAGGGUAAUACAGGAUAUCACAUCGAGGAUAGCUAUCUCUCCAUACUAGAAUCACGUAACCUCGACGACCCCCUUCCGACGUAACCUUAGUCAUGUCCCUUAUCCUUAGCCAUCCCGUAGCGGCCAGGUUAAUUUACGUCGCGACACGCGAGCUUAUCAAUCCGGAUUGACACAUUCGAGCUGGAAAAGAUAACCAAAAAUUGAUUGAUACCGGUUAUGAGAGCUUCUUUCUUACUGGUUACGUAAGCAAUAAAAUAUUGCGUUUCAUCGAUCCGUAAUUCUAUCGUCGGACAUCUUGAGAAAAUUCUAAAGGACAAAGCCGCGCCGAUAAUGUCAAACACAGAAAAAUCCAGUUUGUAACAGUCAUUGUACACCAUUUUCUAUAUGAACCGCAAACAAAGAGUAUUUGUUAAAUUCACAUUGUGCUCGACAAGCAGAGAAAUAGAAAGAAGCGACAAGCCAGUUUCUUUACACAAAUAGAAGUACAUAAAGUAUUUUAUAAUUUAUAUAUACAACAUAUUAUUGAAAGAAAGAGAGUAUAUGAUAAAGAUAAUUAAUCUGUAUUUUAAUUUAUAGCAUUUUACAAUUGAACAUUAUUUGCCAACGGAAUUGAUUAAAUUUCAUCAAACACCCUAUUCAAAUUUUAUCUUGCUUUAAAAAAAUGCGAGGAGAAAAACGAGAUAGAGACCAGAGGAUAUAAUACGCUAUAACAACGGGAAAUACAAAACGGUUGGUCGUGCCAGUGGUGCCUUAUCGAUUUCACCAAAGGUACACAAGGCGGACCCACGGGGAGAUCGGAUUAAUUGCGAAACUUGAGGAUUAAAAUACACUCGUGAAGACAAACAAAGGAACGAGCGAGACAAAAUGGGAGUCUCCAAUCGUUCUGAACUGUUUGCAUUACAGUUAACCAAACUUCGGAUUGUUCUAGUGUUUGACAUUUGCCUAUCGCGUGGAAUUCGCGAUACUAUACGCGACGUACGAGUUCCGCUUUUGUUCGUGUCUCUCGAAAAGGUGUUUACGCAAGCAACAAUCGCGUGUGCUUACUAAUCACACGCCUGCGGAUGUAACAAAGUUCCAUCUUUAGAUCAACCCUUUGAUCUGUGUUAAUUUCAAGGUAAUCGUGCGCGGGAUUAAAUUCGAGACUGCAGGUUUUACGAUACGAGCAAGACGAAAUAUUCAUUCGCGAAUACGUUUCACGUCUCCCUCGGCCACGUUCGUUGCGCGCGUAACUCACUAUUAACGGCUAGCGGUCGCUAACGCAACAACAAUAGCCGGCGUCGAACGAAAAAGGAUACACAAGCGGCGGAGCGCGCGUAUGUUACGUCCAUCGGAAUUCCAGUGUGCGCUUUAAUUAUUGGAUCUAAUUGCCGUGGAUAUUGCUAGGCACUGCCCCGUACGAGAUCCCGUCGAUGCGCCGACACCGAGCCAAAUGGAAUUUCAUCCCCUUAAAUCAAGCGGCAUUGAUCCCGCAAGGUAAAAAAUUGAAAUGCAGAAAACGCAGAGGGGAACUCGCGUUUUUCCGAUGUAUAUUUCCGAAGCGCGAUUCGAUUACUCUCGCAUUACGAAAGUAACCAGCACGUCGACGCCCCCCGUGUGAUCGCGGCCUGGCCGGCAACUCCCUUUUCCCCGCUUCGCCGAUGUUUCUUACGCGUGAUUCGCUUAUAUAGAAGCAUAAAAUACAAAUAAAUAUAAAUAUAUAUAAAUAUUGAUAUAUAUAAAUAUACGUAUAUAUACGUACGAUGAUAAACAUGCCAACGAAGGUGCCUACGCGUACAGUAAGUGAACGCGAUGCAUGACGAACUUACGAUUUUUUUUCUCUCUCAUUCUCUUUUAUCUUUUUUAAUUCCUUCAAAGAUAACACUUUCAAUUAUGGAUUUACGUUUAAGAAUUUUUCGCUAACGCUGCGGUAGUAUAUCCAACCUGCUUGUGGUGAGAGGGUAGAGCCAAUUUUAUACAUGUUCGACGAUAUUUUGUACGAACGCAAUUGAGACGGUGUUGCGCGCGCGAGCGCGCGCGCGACGUCGCUGCGGUGGGUAAGAAUGCACCCAGGUAGCAUCCGCCGUGCGUACGUGGUCGCUGCGCGCAACGCUUUAGCGAUGUAAUUUCGAUACAACACGUAUCAUAUGGGCGUAUGGAGUGGCGCAAGAAAAAUCUGACAUUUCUUCGCCUCGCUUCGAAAAGCGGUCUCCGACGAGAGAGAGAGAAAGAAAGAAAGAAAGAAAGAAAGAAAGAAAGAAAGGGAGAGGGAGGGAGGGAGACAAAUGAGAAGGUAGAUGGGAGAUCAAGUUGUCUCGAUUGUAAAAUGCGGGAACUCGCUGGAAACGGAUCCUAAGUCACUACUUUCAUGGGGAAGAUGUGCAAGAUUUUCUCGCGCCACCUCGUAGACAGCGUGCAUUUCGAGUAACACGAUAACGAUGUGCGAGCACUUUUCAUCGACUUGAUCGAACCGUAUGCGCGGUACGGCCCGGUCGUGCCCGGUCGCUGACGUUUGAUGCCAAGUCAAUGGAAACUGCCGAGUACGCGGAGUUAAUAAGGAUAAUCAUUAAUUAAUUAAUUGUCUUUACAUUUAAAGAGCGUAUACGAUGAAAGUAAAAGGAGCAAUCAUGUUUCAUCAAUAUAAUAACGUAAUUAAGAUUAAGUUAACGCGCCCCGCGGCCUCGGCGCUAUGUAUCGGGGCCGCGGAAGGCAAUUGCGAAGGAAAGAUAAUAUUGGGCUCGAGGACGAUCGCUCUCGAUGAUAUCAACCGCGCAAUCCUGCAAUCCCGGCCGGCCGACUUGGGUAGCCGCGAGCAAUUCAACGCGGCCGGCGUCGUCGUUUCUGCGUGCAAGUACCACUCGCUUCUUCUUCAUCUCCUCCCCUCCCACCCUCCCAUCCUCCACCCCCCUCCACCGCUCCUCGUAACCUUCCCCUCGCGCCCACCCUCCAUAUCGUCCAUCUUAAUGAGGGUUGUGUUUAUACCCUGUACUUCUUACCGGGAGUAUCCACGAGUUUGUAGAGAUGUCGGUGCUUGUCCUCGAGCCUGAGGUGCGCGUUUGCUCCGUCGUAAGCUCGAGAAGCUCGAGUCUGUUCUGUACCAUGACAAGCGUGUAUUUCUGCUUUCCUCUAGCCAGUGUACGUCUUCUUUUCUAUCCGCCCCCUCGCACCCAUUCUCUUCCUCCUUUUCUUCCUUUUCCUUCUUCCUUCUCUUUGCCUCCUCGAGCGCGCCCGCCGCUGUAUCGGCCGCUGCCGCUCGGCGCGCGCGCGCGCGCGCGCGAGCGAGCGCGCGUCCGUCGGCCGCCUCUCGCCAAAUUAAACCAUUUUCAUCGCGAAUACAUGCGUCACGUACAGAACUUACCCGACGAUCGCGAGCGUUCUUAUGUUAUAUCCGCGCACCAGCAUAUAAUCGCUUAUUUAUUUUUUACGUUAACGUACAUUGCCCUUCAAGAAUACUCGUACCCUAUCACGCCUAUUUUUUUUUCCCUUCCCAUCCACGACCAGCAUACCAACUACCGUUUUAAUAAUACGCCCGUCAUACCAUCCACGCACUGAAACUGCUAUGUAAUUUAACGAAUCACUCUGCUGACGUUAAACGUAAUGCGUGCGUGUUUCUAAUUAAUUCCCAUUUUUUUUUCUACAUUAUCAAGACGUAUCUUUCUCGCCAAACGUCGUAUAUGUCAGUACCGUAACACACACGUUGUACAUAGCAUAUAUGGUACAGAGAAAAUAAACUCAUUUUAUAACGAAAAA